GCCGGGAGCUCGGGAGCUGCUGUGGUGCUGCCGCGAGUGGUACUGGACGGGGAGAUGGUGGUGUGGAACAAGAGGAGGCGCAGCUUCGAGCCGUUCGGCCUGCUUGAGGCGGCAGUGCGGGCGGCGGCGGAGGGCUGGGGGCCUGGGCAGGACGCCGCAGCCUAUGCGGUCCCCCAUGCGGAACCACAUGGGGGCCGCAGCAGCAACAGCAGCCCGGAAGGAGCCGAUAGCGAAGAUGCCGGCGCUGCUGCAGGGGAUGAUGAUGAUGACGAUGAUGGUGAUGAUGAUGGUGAUAUUUACGACGAUGGUGGUGGUGGGGAGGAGGAGGAUGUUGGUGGUGGGGUUGGAGAAGGCGACCCGGCUGCCGUACACACGCCCCCCCGUACACCGGCACUGCAAGCAACGCCCCCACCGCCGCCCCCACCAGCCCCGUCCCCAGCACCUGCCCCUCCGCUUGCUUCCGAGUUGGAGGUGGUGUAUGUGGUCUUCGACGUGCUGCUGCUGGGGCAGGAGAGCACACUGCACCUGCCGCUGAGGGAGCGGCAGCGGCUGCUGGCGGGUCUGCUGCGACCCAUGGGUCAGGGCGACCCCGGUGUGCCGCUGGGCGCCCGCAGCGGGGCGGUGGGCUUCCGAGCGGAGGCCCUGCUGCCGGGGCGCAGGAUGUGCG